AUGUGUAACAAUUCUAAACAAGGAGAUGAUUUGUCGGUGGCCAGCAUUCCACUCAGAUCAGGCUCGCAGAGACAAACCAAUCCACCAAGUCCAGCUUCCAGCUAUCGUUCCUGGACUAUCCCUAAGAUCACCUCAGAACUUACAGCCAGGAAAGCCGAACUGUUUAGGUUGUUAAAUAUUACUGAAGACAACGAAAGGCCAGGCCCUAGUUCUGAUUUCAAU